CGGUCACUUUAAGAAUUGUCAACAGCGAUGAGAUUUGCCUAAAAUAUUAUAGUAACAUUGAACGUGGUUUUAUCAAACAAUCAUAAUGCCUAAAAAGAAGUCUAAGCAGUCUAAAAAAGAAGUAGAAGAUGAACUUCCUAAACAGGUAUCAAAGAAAGACGUUGAUUUGGAUGAUGAGGAAUUCGAAGAAAAAUUAUCCUUGAAAGAUGACCACAUGGUGGAUAAUGAUGCAGGUGAUAAAGGGAAGAAAGACAAAAAGCAAAAGAAAAAAGAGAAGGCCCCUAAGAAAAAAAACCCUGAGAACAAUAAGAAAGAAGUAUCAAAUGGUGCUGAUGAAGAUUCAGAUGAAGAAAAUCUGAAUGAUGAAGAUGAAAAUUUCAAUGAUGAUGAUGAUGAUGAUAGUGCUUCCUUGGCAACUCAAGAAAGUGAAACAACUAAAGAAGGAAAAACAACUGCUCCAAAGUUAUCUCAUAAGGAAAAGAAAAAGUUAAAGAAGCAGUUAGAUUAUCAAAGACAAAUUGAAACUUUGGGUGGUAAAGUUGUUGAUGAUCAAUUUACUGUUUCACAAGCAGAAAAAUCAGCAGCACAGCAGCUCCAGAUGGAAAAUGCUGUUGACAUUAAGGUUGACAAUUUCUCAAUAUCUGCAAGAGGAAAGGAUUUGUUCAUAAAUGCUAGUUUACAUAUUACUGCAGGAAGAAGAUAUGGUCUUGUUGGACCAAAUGGACAUGGGAAAACUACAUUAUUAAAGCACAUUGCCAAUCGAUCAUUGAACAUUCCUCCAACCAUUGAUGCUUUGCUGUGUGAACAAGAGGUUGUUGCUGAUGAUACACCUGCUGUAGAAGUAGUUCUGAAAUCAGAUGUGAAACGUACACAGCUUUUGGAAGAAAUGAAGACAUUAGAGGAGGAAACUAGUAAAGGCCAUUUAGAGAAGCAAGAAAGAUUGAAUGAAAUCUAUGAAGAAUUAAGAAUCAUUGGAGCUGAUUCUGCUGAAGCACGAGCUCGACGUAUUCUUGCUGGUUUAGGAUUUACACGGGAAAUGCAAGAUAGAGCCACAAAGAAUUUCUCGGGUGGCUGGAGAAUGAGAGUUUCUCUUGCUAGGGCUUUAUUUAUGGAACCUACGUUGCUUCUGCUUGAUGAACCUACAAAUCAUUUAGACUUAAAUGCUGUUAUUUGGCUUGAUAACUACUUACAAGGAUGGAAAAAAACAUUGCUUGUUGUAUCUCACGAUCAAAGUUUCUUGGAUAAUGUGUGUACAGAUAUCAUUCACUUAGACAAUUUAAAAUUGUUUUAUUAUCGUGGAAAUUACAGUCAGUUCAAGAAAAUGUAUGUACAGAAACGAAAAGAAUUAGUCAAAGAAUAUGAGAAACAGGAAAAAAGAUUAAAAGAAAUGAAGGCAUCUGGAAAAUCUACUAAAGUUGCGGAAAAAGCUACAAAAGAAGCUUUGACUAGAAAACAGCAGAAAAAUCAACCAAAAAAGCAAAAUGAUGGUGAUAAUGGUCCAACAGAGCUCAUCAAAAGACCAAAAGAAUAUUUAGUGAAAUUUCAUUUUCCUAAUCCACCACCUCUUAAUCCUCCAAUAUUAGGUUUACAUAAUGUGAACUUUGCUUAUUCAGGUCAACCACCUCUUUUUAAAAAUGUUGAUUUUGGUAUUGAUAUGUCUUCCAGAGUUGCUAUUGUUGGCCCAAAUGGUGUUGGAAAAACAACCUUCCUGAGAUUACUAACUGGAGAAUUAGCACCAACUCAAGGAGAACAAAGGCAAAAUCAUCGCCUUAGAAUUGGGAAAUUUGAUCAGCAUUCUGGUGAACAGCUGAAUUUGGACGAAUCACCUGUUGAAUAUCUUCAAAGGUUAUUUAAUCUCAACUAUCAAGAUGCUCGCAAACAGUUAGGAAGUUAUGGAUUAGUUAGCCAUGCUCAUACAAUCAAAAACAGGGAUCUAUCGGGUGGACAGAAAGCUAGAGUUGCUCUUGCCGAAUUAGCUUUGCGGGCUCCUGAUGUUCUUAUAUUGGAUGAACCUACAAAUAAUUUAGAUAUUGAAUCAAUUGAUGCAUUAGCUGAAGCUAUAUGUGAAUUUGAAGGAGGUGUUGUAAUUGUUACCCACGAUGAACGUUUAAUAAGAGAAACAAAUUGUCAGUUAUGGAUUAUUGAAAAUCAAAAUAUUGAUGAAAUUGAUGGAGACUUUGAUGACUACAGAAAAGAAUUAUUGGAAUCUCUGGGUGAAACUGUUAAUAAUCCAAGUAUAGCUGCUACACAAGCAAUGAAACAGACUGAUUGACAAUUUUAAAAUUUAUGAAAAUAACAAAUUUAAUAAAGUAUUAUUUCUAUAAAAAA